AUGGACGAGGCUGAAUUCAGGCAGCUCCUCGAGCUCUUCCCCGUCGUCCGAUCCCGAGAUUACAUCGCAGAUUCGGAUUCUUCAAGUCGAGUAACUCGGUCUGAACCAAAUAAAGAGGUAAAGGAAUGGCAAGAUGCAUGGAAUGACGAGGACAAAAGAGGUUCAGAUACCUUUAGAGACGACGUUCAUGAAGCAUUUUGGGGAAAACUGAAGUCAGCUGCUGAGAAGAAGGUGGGUGCGGCUGAUGCAGAAAAGUUCUGCAAGACAUUUCAACAAGUUUAUAAGAAACUCGUUUAUGAAGAAUUAACAUUGGACGCUGCUAGGAACAUUAUAAAUUCGAGGAAGUCAUGA